GUCAGAGCAAAGCUUAACCACAGUGACAGCACAUCUGUCACUGUCUUCGGUCACAGCAAAAACACUUAGCAAAAAGCGAAUUGUUUAGGCUUAGCAAAAAGCUCACCUGAGCUGACGGUAACAUAAUCUUUUAGGGAAAAAAGGCCGCAAAGGACAAGUACCCAAGGAGUGGAGGUAGCAGUGGACAGUGAUGGAGACUAUGGUGUGUCCGAUGGGUGGAGGGGCCACCAGGCUGUACAGUGCCCUGACCCAGACCCUCAGCAGCAGCAGCAGCCGUCCUCUCCCUCUUCCCCAGUCCCACCUCGCCCCCCACCAACACCCAGACGUGGACCUGGAUCCAGCUUUCUGCCAGGAGCGGCAGGGGUCCCCUGUGUGUCCCCCCGACCCCCUUGUGCUGCUCAGACAGUGUGAGGAGGCUCUCAGGGACCGACCGCCCCGUUUCCACAGGAAAUUCAUACACCCCAGCCAUGGAGACAGCGCCCCCAGCAGCCCCAUCAGGGUGAUGCAAUGGAACAUACUGGCCCAAGCACUGGGCGAGGGAGUGGACAGUUUUGUCCAGUGUCCCCUGGAGGCCCUCAGCUGGCCCCAAAGGAAGUACCUCAUCUUAGAAGAGAUCCUCACCUACCGACCUCAUAUCCUGUGUCUCCAGGAAGUAGACCACUACUACGACACCUUCCAGCCAGUUCUGGCAGGCCUGGGUUACAGCAGCAACUUCUGCCCCAAGCCCUGGUCACCCUGUUUGGACGUGGAGGGCAACAACGGUCCUGACGGCUGUGCACUGUUCUUUGAUCAGUCACGCUUUGAGCUUCUCGACAGCAUGAGCAUACGCCUCUCCGCCAUGCUUAUUCCAACCAAUCAAGUUGCCGUGGUGACGAUGCUACGGUGUCGAAUCACAGGGAGACGCAUGUGCGUGGCAGUGACCCACCUGAAAGCUCGCAGCGGCUGGGAGCGCGUGCGCAGCUCCCAGGGCUCAGACCUCCUACGUCACGUCCAGAACUUCAUCAAGAAAUGUCCAGGUGGGCCAACGGGAGCCUCCGGAACCGACGCAGACACUCCUCUGCUCAUUUGCGGCGAUUUCAACGCAAUACCGACCGAGGACGUUUAUCGUUGUUUCGCCCUGUCUCCUCUGGGUUUGGACUCUGCCUAUAAGAAGCUGAGCCGAGAUGGUCUGACGGAGCCGGAGUACACGACAUGGAAGAUUCGGCCUACAGGGGAGUGCUGCAGCACGCUGGACUAUAUCUGGUACACUCAGAACAAGCUGAGCGUGGAGGCCGUGCUGGACAUGCCCACUGAGGAACAAAUUGGGCCAAACAGACUACCAUCAUAUAAUUAUCCAUCUGACCAUCUCUCUCUGGUUUGUGACUUCAGCUUCAAGGAGGAGGACUGAAUGCAGGACAGGAGGGUUCAAACUCAUGAACAGAAAGGGAUUGGCUUCACCUGACAAGUGGGUGUGUCUCUGAAG